AUGGAGUACGAGGCCGCCUGCUGCAACGACCCGCCCUCGGAGGAGUGCGGGGCGCCGCCGAUGAUGCCGCUGAGGGCGGCAUGCUGCGGGCACCUGGCGCAGGGCAUUGCACGGUUCUCCUCCGAGUGGGAUCAGCUGCAGCGCGGGCUCGAGAGCGCCGCGCUGGAGCUGCUGCGGCUGGUGGAGGCGUCGACCUGCGCAGCCUGCGACCCCUUCCAGCACGCCGCGGAGGUGGCCUUUUCUUCGGUCUUGGCCCCGGUCUUCCGCUUUGGGUGGUCUGAUUUGACCGACGACGGGGAGUUCGGUCUUCAGGCAUGGCGGGUCUCUUUGCUGCAGGCGGUGUUGACCUGGCUGACCCCUUGGCAUCACCUGGCGCCUCAGGUAAGGCCACUUUAA